AUUAUAAAUAAAUUCUAUGCAAGUUCAAAAUUUUUGUCAAAUAUGUUACGAAAAUACUCAAAUGUCCCUUUUGGAAUGCAAUUGUAAAGUUUGCCUGAAUUGCAUUAAACAUUAUACCAAAGUAAUUAUGUUUAAAUUAUAAAUUAGAUUAAAAUAGAAGAAUAUUGGACAUCUGAUGGUACCCAUAUAAAUAUUGAUUGUCCAGGUGGAUGUAAGUAAACACUAUAUUUUGAUUCAAUCUAAUAAUUAGCUAUCUAAAAUUAUUUCAUUUAAGAUAUUCAUGACUAAUUAUUUAAAAGCUAUUGUAAAAAAUCUCUAGAUGUCUAAUAAUGUCCAAAUAAAAACUGUGAAUUCUAUUAUUUAAAACCUUGUAAAGUCAAUUGUGUUGAUAUUUGUUAAAUAUGUUAAACCAGAUUAGAAAACUAUGAACAAAUUUCAUAUAAAACUUUACUUAAUGAAAUAACUGAAUUUAUUUCUACCUAUUAAUGUCCUAGAUGUGAAGUUAAAAUUACUAAAAAUGGUGGUUGUUCACAUAUGACAUGUUAAGUUUGUAAAUUUGAAUUUUGUUGGGAUUGCAAAUAAAAUUGCAAAGACCAUGAUUGGAGUAUUUGUAUAUAUAAAAAUAUAUUUACACUAAUCAUCAAAUACCAACUUCUUUAUACUUUAUUGAUCUCUAUUGGUCUCGACAUCUACUUAUUAUAAAUUUUAGGAUACAUAUUUUCCAUAACUUACUUGUAUUGUAUUUUAAAUAUAUUAUAGAUUCAUACUAAAUAAUUUAAUUUUAUUACUAACUGGAUUGGUGAUAGUUUAAUUAAAAAAACUAAAUGAGAAGUAUGAGAAAAUUACACACCACAGAGCCUUAUUUGCUUUGGUCACUCUGACUAUACUUUUAUUCAUUUCCUACUAUAUUAUCGAAUAAUCUCUAAUAGAUUUCAUUUAUUAUAUCAUAAAAGAAACCAUUUAUGCAAUCCUAAUUACUAUUAUUACUACUAUUUUGAAUUAAUUUUAUAAAUAGAAAAUAAAAAUGAAUUGA